AUGGCUUCGCAAGAGGAAAAGCAAGCUCAGUCCUUUACAGACAUCUUUGAUGAAGAUGAAGCUGAAAGAUCAUUUCUGUUGUCCAAGCCCACUUGCUUCAUUGUCUUUGGAAAGCCAGGUUCUGGUAAGAAUACGUUAGCCAGCAAACUAGCACAGAGAUGGAACUGCAUUUUCAUAGAAGCCUCAGAAGUAAUUAAAACGAAUAUUCAACGAAGAUCAGAAUAUGGACUUAAGUGUCAAAAAUUGCUUUGUGAUGGGCAAAGUAUUCCUGAGGAACUGGUGACAAAAAUGAUUCUGCAAAUGAUUGAGUCACCAGAAGUUGCUCAUUAUGGUUAUAUUCUUACUGGAUUUCCUUCUCUCUCGGAGGAAUAUAUGACUGUUCCACAACAAAUAGAGAAAAUAAGGAAUCUAAAAUUAAAACCGGAUUUCCUGAUUAACAUUAAGUGUCCGGAUCAUGAGUUAUGCCAAAGAAUAUCAGGACAAAGGCAAAACCCUGAUUCAGGGGUGAUAUAUCAGAGGAGCCAGUGGGAUCCUAAAGUUACUGACAAGCGUAAGAAAGAGAAAGAUCUGGAUGAAGAAGAGGAGGAAGAAGAAGAGGAAGAGCAGGAUCAAGAAGAAGAAGAAGAAGAAGAAGAAGAAGAAGAAGACGAGAAAUUAGAGCCUUUUCAUCAACUAGUGCAGCGGCCUGAAGAUUUUCUUGAAAAUGCAGAGAAAAGAAUUGGAAUAUACAAGGAUAUAAUACUUCCUCAUUUAGAAGGAUUGUUGGCUUACCAGGAUUGUCGGUAUCUUAUUGAAGUGGAUGGAAGUCAGGAACCAGAUUGUGUCUUGGAGACAGUGGUAGGCCGACUUGAGUCUAUGGAAGUUCAAAAUGCAGCUCCUGUAAUCAGACUCCAAAGUGAACUAGAAGAAGAAACGCUGGAGGGAAAGCAAAACGAUGAACUUCUCCGGGCUCUGUCAUCUUACAAGCUGAUAGCACCCAGAUACCGAUGGCGUAGGAGCAGGUGGGGACAAGUGUGUCCCGUGGCUCUAAAGGAAGGGGACAUUGUAAUGGGAAACCCAGAGUUUGCUGUCAGUUUUCUAGGUAAAAUGUAUGUACUGUCAUGCCAAGAGGCAUUGAACAAAUUUGUAUUGAAUCCACGACCUUACCUCUUACCUCCAAUGCCAGUUUCUCCUUGUAAAGUAUUCGUAUUUGGUCCUCCAUUCUCUGGAAGAACAACUAUUUGUAAUGAAAUUGCACACAAUUAUAAAGGAAAGGUUCUUGAUAUGGACAUACUCUUUCAACAAUAUAAAGAAUCGAGAGAAAAAAAUGCUGAGGAAAUGCGAAAGGAUGCACUAGAAAAGGCUAUAGCAGAAGUGAAGAAUAGAUUGGAAUCAGAAGAAGAAUCAGAAGAAUCAGAAAUACCAGAGAUAACUGCUGACCACCCAGAAGUUCAAGAUAUGGUAGAAAGAGCCAUGAAAAGUGUGUCAUUCUCUGAAGAUACAAUGUCAUCUCAAAUGUACGCUGAAGCACUGGAGGGAGCUAUUGCAGGGCUUAUGAAGACGAACAAAGACAGGUUUCCUGGUGCUUCAGAAAGAGGAGGGUGGGUAGUGGAUAACUACCCUCUGUCAGAAGACCAUUGGUCAGCCUUAUUAGAGAAAGGACUUCUACCUGACACUGUUGUCUGUCUGAAGGAUACACAAAAAGAUGGAGCCUGUAUACUACGCAGAGCAUACCUAGCAAGUAGGAAUGAAAAUAAUUCUAAGAUUUUGGAAAGACCAACACAUGAAGCAUUAGAAAAGAAAGAAGAUGAUGCAAGCGAAGAAAUGGAAGAAACACUGACAUCAGAGGAAGAUCAGUCUCCAGCUGCUGCUGAGGAGAAAGAAAUCAUACAACCUGAGUUUGCAGAGGAUGGUUUUCCAGAUACAGAAGAAAUGAAAACAAUUAAAAUGAAGAUUGACCUUUUCAUGAAUGAUUGGGAAAAUGUGGAAUCAGAAAUCAGGACGUCAUCUCAAGUUCAGGUGGUUGUUUUAGAGAUUGCUGAGCAAACUCCAGAAAGUCUGCUUAAUCAAACUGUGCAGGUUAUGGAAAAACCUUUUAAAUAUUAUGGCUGGGAAUUAUCUGAUGAAGACUUUGGGGAGGAAGAACAAGAUCUGGCUGCUGAAGCGGAAAAUGAGGAAGAGGAAGAGGAAGGUGAAGAGGAAGAGGAAGAGGAAGAAGGGGAAGAAGAGGAAGAAGAUGAAGAAAAAAUUAAGCAAAAGAAAAGGCAUAUGGGAGACACAAAACACUUUUGUCCAGUCAGCCUGAAAGAGAACUUUGUCCUCUACCCUGGACUCCAGGAAAAUGGAGCUAAAUAUAAAGAAAAGAUUUAUUACUUUUCAACUUCCGACUACAGAGAUAAAUUUUUGAACAACCCCGAGGAGUAUGUGGCUCACAAUGAACCACUACAAGCUCCUCCUUUACGGGUGUGUUUACUUGGGAUUCAUGGAGCUGGUAAAACUACUUGUGCACGAGAGAUAACAGAUAAAUUAGGCAUUUUCCAUAUUCAAUUCGAAGAAUAUCUACAGGAAUUGAUUUUACCCAAAACUAAAAGGAAAGUUGGGCCCCCUUUUGAUGAAGACCAUGAAGAUGACAAUAAAAUACCAGAGGAACUGGAAGACCUCUCUCAGACCAUAACUAAAACUGAAACAGAAAAAACCAAACAGGAAAUGGAAUUAACUGAUGAGGAACAGGCAAUCAAAGCAAAUCUAACGAAUAAUACAGAGCUGCCUCCAGAAGUCCUGGAUAAGAUUGUUCCUGACUGGUGGAAUAAAGAGCCAUUCCGGUCCACAGGCUUUAUACUGGAUGGCUUCCCUCGUACUUUAGAAGAAGCCAGCUAUUUGUCAGAACGAGGACUCUGUCCUGAUGUUGCAAUUUAUAUUCAAGUAGAAGAAGGGGAUAUUCUUAAUCGUCUUUUUCCUCCACGUCUGAAAAAAUGGAAAGAGAAACGGCUUAAAAAAAAGGAAUAUAAAAAGAAGCUGAAGGAACUAAAAGUAAAAAAAAGGAAUGAGCAGAUUGCCAGAAGAAGGGAAGAACUUUUAGCAGAGCGACAAAAAAAGAAGCAGGAGGCUUUAGCAGAUAAGGGUAAGGAUGAAUCUACUGUGGAGGAGGAGGAGGAAGAUAUUGAAGCUAUACUUGCAGAAGAGUUUUUAGAAGAAGAAGAAGAAGAAGAGGAAGAACCAGAAGAAGAAGAAAAUGAAGAAGAAGCUGUUGAGCGCAUGCAAAAUGAAAUUUCAGAGAAGUUUGAAUCAGAAGUAGAAAGUUUACAAAGCGUGCAGGAAGAACUUGAAAAGUUACAAAUACCACCAGUUGAGAUCAAUGGAGGACGGAAGCCUCGAGUUGUGUGCUACCAAAUAUACAAAAAGCUGAAAUCCCUAGUGGAAAACCGCAGGAGCAUUUUUGAGAAAUGUUACCCAAUAAGUUUGCCACUUGCUCAGAAGAUGCUAGUUUACUCAUAUAAAUUACGAAGUUCUUUUGGUCAGUGGGAUCCAGUCAAGUUAAGCCAAGGAGAUGUGAUCAAGCCACAGCAAAGGGAUGAAAGCACAGUCUUUCCAGUAAUCCAUCGACAAUAUAUUUAUUUCUUUUCAAGUAAAGAAAAUAAAGAAAUAUUUAUGACAAAUCCCAUCAAAUAUAUUUGUCAGCCAAAACCUAAGCAAUCUGUGCCAGUAAAGAUUGCAAUUGUGGGACUUCCAAAAUCUGGCAAGACUACAGUUGCCCAGAGACUUGCGAGUGUUUAUGGGUUCCUGCGCCUGUCCCUAGGAGAUGCCAUCCGGUUUGUGAUGAACAGCCGGCCAGAGAGCGAGCUGGCACUUAAGAUACAGUCACACCUUCUCCAAGGACUCACCGUGCCUGAUGAAUUGGCCAUCCAGGCUCUAAAUGUGGCUCUGCUAAAUCACAUGGAUAAUCCCACUGGAGUUGUAAUGGAUGGAUAUCCUCUAACAAGAGCACACGUAAAUCUCUUGGAAUCAACUAGGAUAAUUCCAGUGAAAAUCUUUGAAUUAGAUAUGAAUACAAAGGAAGUGUUCAGAAGAGCACUGCUGGAUAAGGAAAGAUCAAGCCGACCUCCUUAUCCUGAACAUGACAGCCCACAGAUUCUAGCUAUUAAAAAUUCCUGCUACAAACAGCACAUUGAUGAUAUUAGAACUUACUAUACGAAGGAACAUCAGAACUGGUGUGUGAUUGAUGCCAGUCAUAGCAGAUGGAGGGUCUGGAAGACCGUUCUGCAGAAAGUUCAGGUGGUUGUUAAACAAAUCCAGAUAUACCUGGAAAGAAGAAAAGAAGGAAAAGCAGCCAGCAUUACUGGUUUAUGUAUCACUCCCAAGGAACUGCAGGGGCAGCUGGGGGAGUGUGGACAGUACUGUCCUGUCAGCCUUGCAGAGAAAGGUGAACUGGUUGACUGCUCUGUGACCCCCUCACUGGAGUUUGCUGCAGAAUUUCAGGGGCGCUAUUACACAAUGGCUUCACAGGAAGAACUGGAAAAAUUCUUGAGCAAACCUGAGGUUUAUGUAUCAUCACUGGCAUCUCACCCUCUGCCACCCCCACAUAAGCUACCAAAGAAAUUGACUGCAGAAGAAGUGAAGGCCUUAUUCCCUGUAAAGCCUGAAAUGCAGGGAUACUGCCCAGUCACUUACCUAGAUGGAAAACAGAGAUAUGAAGCUUUGGUGCCUGGCAACAUCGAGUACGCAGUAAAAUAUCAAGACAAGGUAUAUAUUUUUGAAAGUGAAGAAAAACUUCAGAAGUUUAUGAGGUUACCAGAGAAGUAUGGGAAUCUGAAGCUUCCCCAUAAACUCCCUCCAAAAAAAGAGCCAAUGCUACUAACUACACUUCCUUUGCCUGGAUACCUUGAACAGGGAGUUGCAACUUCUCUAAUAAAAGCUCUGCAUGAAGUUGGCAGCCUUAAGCCAAAGUUUCCAUUCCUAAGUGUGAAAGAAACUGCUCUGCUUUUUGUCUCCUUCCAUCUAAAAGCACACAACCCCCGGAGCUCAGAGCCAGUGCGGCAGAUGUACAGGAAGAGGCUGUUGCAGUUCGUGGAGCACUGCCAACUCAUCCCCUACCUGGGGACUGCCAUGACAGGCCCGUAUAAGGAACCAGGAGAUCGGCCCCGUGGCUUUGAUGACAGACUGCAGACUUUUUUUUCCCUGAAAGGCACCCGCCCCACUUUUGUUUGAACCCUGUAUUUCCACUGAUUAACACAUGGAGUGUUGCCAUGAGGCACCAGCAUGGCUGCAACAUGGCCUGCGAACAUCACAUGUUCUUGGGCCAGUUUUUUAACCAUGAAAUCUUAUAAAUAAAAUCUUUUAUCUGAAGUUGAGAGAUAUCAAACUACUAGAGAGCGUCCAAAGGAAGGCUAUGACAAUAGUGAAGGCCCUUGAGGCGAAGCCAUAUGAUGAGCAGCUGAGGUCACUUGGUCUGUUCAGCCUGGAGGAGACUGAGGGUACACUUCAUUGCAGUCUACAACUCCCUUGUGAGUGGAGGAGGAGGGGUAGAUACUGAUCUCUUCUCUGUGGUGCCCAGUGG